UAUAUUUAUAGGAAGUGAUACCUUUAAAAAUUUUAGUUACACAAAUACGCAAUGUUACGAAAUUUUAUUUUUGUUUUCGUGGCCAGUUUUAUUAGUACAAGUGCUGUGGAAGAAGUAUCAAAAACGCCCGAAUAUAUCCUGCCUUGCCGGAAAUCUGAUCCUGACAUCAACACAUGCCUCAUCAAAACAUUCAAUCAUCUAAGACCGUACUUGGUCUCCGGACUAAACGACAUUGACGUUCCAACCAUCGAUCCACUAUUCAUCUCGAAGAUAAACAUCGAAAAUGGAAAUGGCCCGUUUCGUGUGCGCGCUUUCUUCAAUAACGUAACCACCAGAGGUGCCAGUAACUACACGAUACACAACAUCAAGGCCGAUUUAGACAAAUACAUUUUGGAUCUCGCCUUUAAAAUUCCGCACGUCGAUAUAAAAGGAAAGUACGAAAUCGGCGGAAGCGUUCUGCUGUUCCCGAUACGAUCGAAGGGAGACUUCUGGGCCGUUUUUACGGAUGUUGAUGCAACUGCCAAAAUAUACGGAAAGGAAGUCACUAAGGAGAACGUUAGGUAUAUGCACAUCGAUAAGUUGCUCGUUGAUUUUCAAAUUGGUAAAAGUAAAUUCAAAAUCAAAGAUGUAAUAAAUCUUGGGAACAUUAUCGGGGAGGCUAUCAACCAAUUUUUGAAUAACAACUCCGAUGAGAUUAUUACCGAGAUGAAACCUGCUGCCAGUAUUAGUAUAGCGAGGCAUUUUAAAACGUUCCUAAACGGCGCUUUUACGAAAAUACCGUUAAAGGUUUGGUUGCCCGAUGCGUAGGUAAAGUUAGAGUACAAUGGGUAGUUUGCAUAAAAUUUUUUCUACCUCCAUUUCGCAACUUUUUGUAAAUAUUGAAACACGUAGGUACCCAAGUGUGCAAUCUUUUUUAUGCAAAUAUUGAAUACCGAAGAACUGAUAGUUUGCUUAGUUGUGUAGCGAGUAUGUUUAAUUUUGUUAGUUUAUUUUUUAAUGUAUUUCCAUAUUUUUAUACGACAAAUACAUACGUUUGAAACAGAAUUAAUUAUUAGCUAUUGUUGGGCAACAAGUAGGUACUCAACGAUUCCAGGUGAGUAGCUUCAUUAAUACACUUAGUUUGCACUAUCAUGUUACUAUAGCGUGUUUAUUUUUAGUGCCAAAUCUAAGAAGAAUUUAUGAAGACAUGAAUUACCUAUGGUUCGACGCGAUUGUACCCCAUUAUAUGUAAAAUA